AUGACUGAAGCUGGCUCUUCACAAAUUGUUGAAAUUAUUGAAGAUGAACAUUCAAAUAUUCCAUUUCUAAAAUUGGAAAUCUCAGAAAUUUUAGCUGAAAUCGCCGAUUUUUUAUCCCCAGAAAGCUUUUUAAAUUUUUUAUUAGUAAAAAGAUCGAUUUAUAUUAAAAUGAAUGAGCAUUUUGAAAUUUAUCCAAAUUUUUGGAGAAAUUACUUUUUCGAUUUCCCAAAAUAUUAUCAAGGAUGGAAGCUC